AAGUCACAAUAUAAACCCUCUUCCUCGACAAUAUAAUUUUAGAAUACUUAUUGGUCCAUGGAGGGCUCGUCCAAAGGGUUGAGAAAAGGUGCUUGGACUGCUGAAGAAGAUAGUCUCUUGAGGCAAUGCAUUGAUAAGUAUGGAGAAGGCAAAUGGCAUCAAGUUCCUUUAAGAGCUGGGCUAAAUCGGUGCAGGAAGAGUUGUAGAUUAAGAUGGUUGAACUACCUGAAGCCAAGUAUCAAAAGAGGAAAACUUAGCUCUGAUGAGGUUGAUCUUCUUCUUCGCCUUCAUAAGCUUCUAGGAAACAGGUGGUCCUUAAUUGCUGGUAGAUUACCCGGUCGUACUGCUAAUGAUGUCAAGAAUUACUGGAACACCCAUUUGAGUAAGAAGCAUGAACCAUGUUGUAAGACAAAGAUGAAAAAUAGAAACAUUCCUUGCUCUUCUACCGCACCAGCCAAAAAAAUCGACGUUUUCAAACCUCGACCUCGAUCCUUCACUGUUAACAACGGCUGCAGUCGUCAUCCGCAUGGCCUGCCAGAAGCUGACGUUAGUCCUCCAUGCCUUGGACCCAAAAGCAUCAGUAAUUUUUGUGAAAAUAUUAUCACAUGUAGAAAAGAUGAGGAGAAAUAUGAGCUUGUUAGUAAUUUAAUGGUUAAUGGAGAGAAGUGGUGGGAGAAUUUGUUAGAUGAGAGCCAAGAGCCAGAUUCGCUCGUUCCAGAAGCCACGGUAGCAGAAAAGGGGGCAACUUCCGCUUUUGACGUUGAGGAACUUUGGAGUUUGUUGGAUGGGGACACUGUGGAACUUGAUUAGUGUUUGGACUGUUUCUAUGUGUUUGUAUGUUCAUUUACUUUUGCAUCUAGUGUGUAUUGUUUUUAAAUAAACCAACUAAUAUCUGUCUCUGAUUACAUUUCUAUUUUACAGAAUUGCAAAUAAUGUCUUUCUAUAUUAA